AUGAAAUCAAACAAUUUACCAGUUGACCAGAAACAGAGGAAAUUAACUCAGUUAGCAUCAACACACAACCAAUAUCAACCAUUUUCUUCUUAUUAUCUUUGGUAUCUAAUAGACAGAUUUCAUUUUAUCAUUGAUGACAUUCAAUCAAUUUUAACAUUUACGAAAAACACUUGUUUUAAUGAAUUUGCGAACAAAUUUAUGAACGAAAGACAAAAGGCUGAAUUAGAAGGAAAUAAAGGAAAAAGUUUAUUUUGCAAGAUUUCACUUAAUGGAUCAUAUGGUUACGAUGCAAUGAAUACACAAAAUUACGCAAAGACUAAAAUAAUGAAUGCACAGAAGGCUCGCGUUGCAUGUAUGUCAAAUAAGUUUAAAAACAUAAGAGAAAUAGGUGAAGAUACAUAUCAACUGAUGCUCAAAGAUAGAUUUUAUAGAUGUGAUACAUGUUUACAAGAGGCAUUCUUCACUUUAGAUAAUGCUAAAUACUGGUAUUUGGUUUUCAUUUAUGAUUUUAUGUAUAAAUGCAUGGAUGUUAAUCGUUUUCAUUUCAUUGAAGGUGAUACUGAUUCAUCUUAUUGGGCAAUCGCUGGCGACCCAAAUCUUCCUAACACUCAAGCAUUUCAAGCAAUUGUUACCGAUAAACAAUUUUAUGAUAAAAACAUUUUCAAAUUCGCACCUUUUGAUUUCUUCUGUUUUGAUGAGAAAUUUAAACCUAAAUUAAAGAAUAAAGCUGAAGAAAAAGCACAUGAGAAGAAGUUAUUGGGUUUAGCAAUUGAGAAACAAGGUGAUAACAUGGUUGCUUUAUGUCCUAAGUGUUAUACAUCAUUCAAUGGUUCAAUUGAUGGAA